CUGAGGAGGAGCCCCGGCAGAUGUUGGACUGACGUCUGCUCAAGUUGCUGGAGAAACAAACACUUCUACACACACGGGAUGGUGCACGCUUCACUGGAGCAGCAGCGAGAUUAUACCACUGGAUAUAAACACCUUGGAUUCAAUCACUGGCUGAGAUGGCCACAAUCCUAACCUCUCCUUGACACCUAACCCCCACCUUUGUACUCUUUCGCAUUCUUUCAGCUAGAUUGUCCUUUAUCAUUUCAUUACCUCAGUUGAGUAGGCUUAAAGCCAUACAUUCCUCAGAAUGGUUGCUGAUGUAGACACGGCCUCUGAGGGAGGUGGGGUACGGCUGAAGCAGGAGAUUUCCCUCCUUCAUGGGGUCUGUCUCAUUGUGGGGAAUAUGAUUGGCUCUGGCAUCUUUGUCUCACCUAAGGGAGUUCUUAUGUAUACAGGCUCUUUUGGCCUAUCCUUGGUAGUGUGGGCUAUUGGAGGGAUAUUUUCUGUUUUUGGAGCGUUAUGUUAUGCUGAACUUGGUACUACCAUCCGUAAAUCUGGAGCUUCCUACGCCUACAUUCUGGAAGCCUUUGGAGGGUUCUUGGCUUUUAUUCGAUUGUGGACGUCCCUGUUGAUUGUGGAGCCAGCCUGUCAGGCCGUGAUAGCCUUGACCUUCUCCAGCUACAUGGUCCAGCCCUUCUACCCCACGUGUAUGGCCCCGUAUUACGCUGUUCGCCUCCUCGCUGCUGCCAUCAUAUGUUUGCUGACGGCUGUUAACUGUAUGAAAGUGAAAUGGGGUGCUAUUCUUCAGGUUAUCUCCACUGUAGCCAAGGUCCUGGCUCUUAUCGUCAUCAUCAUCACUGGCCUGGUUAAACUAGGACAAGGUUUUGACCAGAACUUUGAAGACUCGUUCAAGGGCUCUAAGCUGGACCCUGGUGACAUGGCCCUGGCUCUCUACUCAGCCCUUUACUCCUACUCUGGCUGGGACACGCUCAACUUCAUCACAGAGGAGAUCAAGAACCCAGAAAGGAAUCUGCCCUUGUCCAUUGCUAUUUCCAUGCCCAUUGUCACAGUGAUCUACAUCUUGACCAAUAUAGCUUACUACGUUGUCAUGGACGCUGACACAGUACUCAACAGUGAAGCUGUUGCUGUGACGUUUGCAGAUGAGGUUCUGGGUUGGGGCCGGUGGCUGAUCCCCAUCUCUGUGGCCAUUUCCUGCUACGGAGGACUCAACUCCUCCAUCAUUGCUGCCUCCAGGCUGUUUUUUGUAGGCUCCAGAGAAGGACACCUACCCAAUAUCCUCUGUAUGAUCCAUAUUAAGCGUUUCACUCCUAUUCCUGCCCUUCUUUUCAAUGGUGUCAUGUCUCUGUUUUACUUAACUGUACCCGACGUCUUCCGGCUGAUCAACUACUUCAGUUUCAAUUACUGGUUGUUUAUCGGCCUGUCGAUAGCAAGUCAGAUCUACCUGAGGAUCAAAGCUCCUGACAUGCCCCGACCUGUUAAGUUGUCUUUGUUCUUCCCAAUAGUUUACUGCAUGUGCAGCAUAUUCCUGGUGGUGGUUCCUCUCUACAGCGACACCAUGAACUCUCUGGUGGGGAUUUCUGUGGCGCUUUCCGGUGCUCCAAUCUACUACAUUUGUAUCCACCUGCCGUCCACCUCCAGGCCAGCCUUUCUUGGCAAAAUAAUGGAUAAGAUCUCUCUCUUGACUCAAAAACUGUGCUUGUGCUGCGUGGCCUCAUCGGACAUCGAUCUGGACAACAUCGACCCUGGAAAGAUGGAGUAAUGAACAGAGAACCUGUGUUAAAGUGGUAUGGAAAGAAGAUGAAGGAACAGAUCAGGGAACCUGCGAGCAGCAGAUCAGCAGGAUUUGGACAUUUCCCACAUGAAUAAAAGAUGAAGAAACGGAAGAGAGGAGAAAACGAUUUUCCUGUUCCGAGUUAUGAGCAAAGGAGCAGGACUUUUCACAUUCAAGAACACAACAGGGUUUUGAUGGUUCGGUCUCGUCCACCUGGCACAAGCACAGAAGCCACAGACGGCUCUGACGGCUUCUAUUCCACAGAUGAAGCACAGUUUGUGUGGGUGAGGCAGCAGCUAAACACAGAAACAUGAUCUUUGGACGCCUUAGUUCUCUUUUAAAGAACGUUUAACAUCUUACAUCUUCUGUAAAGUGGUUGUUUCAAGCACCAUUCUGCUUAGUUACUGUACUGAAGGACCAAAAGUUGUAGUUUUUGUUUGUUUUUUAAACUUUUAUGUCAGUUUUGAAAAGGAGGCAUUAACUAAAGUGCUGUUAAUUGUUACAGAUUUUUUUGUUACCUCAAGAUGGUGUAAUUUGACCCCGACUCGUGCUAUUGACAAGGUUAUUCCUGCUCUAACUACGAUCACAAAGCUGUCACCAUGUCCUGCUUUUCUUCAGACGCUGCACGUGGCACCACGUUUUUAUUACAAAUUCAGACCUAAAACUGAACAAUAGCUCAAGUAAACAUUUAUCGACAACUUAGGAAAAUUUAAAGUGUCAUUCAAGUUUGUUUACAGUGUUUUUCUGUUAUUUUUUCUGUCCAUUUACAUGAAACUUGAGUAGCGAAUACUGCAGUUGUUUUUAAAAGCUUGUGGUUAUUAACGGUUUAUGGAAAAAUACAUUUGUAGUUGUGUGUUGUCUUAAGAAACAAACCUCAGGAUCAACUGUGCUCUUGUGCGGAAGAUGGUGUUGACAUCCUCCCCAACAAAACACUUUCUUUAUGAAUUGUGUCAGAAAUAUUUAAUCUACUGCUUUUGUUGUUGUUUCACCAGCUUGGACCAUUUCUUCGCAGUACUUGAGCAGUCAUCUCAGACUAACCCCAACACCCCUGUGAGUUUUUAGCAAAGUGCAUCUGUUCCCUAAGUACAAAUACAGCUCUAGUGUUUUAAACUAAAGGUAAUAAUGUAUCCAGCUUUGUUUUUCAUCAAAAACUGUACGUGCCUUCUGUGAGCGUUGUCAAGGUGUAUCUUCUAUUUUUUAAUAUUUCAGCCUCGUGUUUAUGUAGAACAUCUUGAGCACAAUUGUGAACACAAUGCUGUACUGUUUGCCAAAUGUUGCCGAGGUCUUCAGGUAGCUAACUAGAAAUAAUUGGGCUGUAGAUUCAAGAGGAAUCAUGUUUACCGUCUUGACACAAUCAAAUCCAUAAUAAAAGCCAGCAAGAGCCCGCAGAUGUUCUGUUCCCUUGGAGCAAAUCGUCAUUAAAGAACCUGAGAUGUCUUUGCUGUUUAAUAGGAACUAUUUUGCUGCAUAUUUCCACAUAUUGUCUUCUAAAAGAAAGUGAAUGUUAUACUAUAAUGUGUCUGUUUCAGUCUGUACCAAAUGUAUAUUUGAGGAAAAUGUUAAAGAGUUCUCUUAAGUGACUUUUCUUAAUGUUAAUAAAGAAUUCUCUAUGUUGAGUUUUCAUUUAUCCUGUUUUGAGAUCUGACACCGAACGGUAGCUUAAGCUGUUCAGUUGGAGAAGGACUUGUUUGUGUCAGACAGUGGCAGGGGUGGGUUUUUUUGUUUUUACCAAAAUAAAG